AUGGAGUAUGCUGCGUGCAAUGUGGUGUACGUGGAUCGCACAGCGGUGGAGGGAAGGCUGGUGAAGAGGGAUGAGAUCAUUUCGUCACAUCCAGCGAUAAAUAUACAAGACUCUGAUGUGGUGGAGUCUUCAAAUCAGGGGUCGACAAGUCCAGUGGACGGGAACGUAAAAACGCUACUUGGCAUGUUCAGUGAAGUGCAUGUAUGUACGACGGGAAGUUCCUGCGUAGCAAAGUUGUCCGAACUGAACCACUCAUCCAUGGUCGAUUUAAUACCGACCCUUGUGCUGAUAGACAUUCCUUAUGAAGACCAGUUGGCAACCAAGAGACCGUCAAGAGAAGUUCGGACGCCAUCACCAAGUUCGAAACAGCCAACAGACGGGAUCCUCGAGGACGCCGUAGAAACGGACGACGAAUCGUAUGGACUAGGUUUAUUACAGUGGAUAGUGUCGGAAAUUCAAUACCAAAGUCUCUCGAAACUCAUCGUCCCGGUGGCUCUCGUAACGAUACCAGAAACUACUAGCUCGCCGGGCCGCGGACGCACAGAUUCGAGAACUGGUGGAUAUCUUGAUUUCGACCCUUUUGCGACGCCGAAGAAACAAGCUACCUUGGUCACACCAUUAGAUCAAGUGCGAACCAUGAAGUAUCUUGAUCUCGGGGCGGUGGACGUUUUAACGAGUCCGUUAUUGCAGGAUAGAUUACCUAGUCUUGCCGUGCAUGCGUAUCGAGCACAUAAAGAUGCGUCCAAGGAUCAGAGGGCGUUAUUAGAAUUGAAGAGAGGGAGGAAACGAUCAUGGGUUGGAGUAGAUGACCAAAAGCCGUACGCUUAUCUACGCGAAGCUAUGGUAUCUGGAUUAAUGGAUGGGAUAUGCAAACUUGGAGGUGACGAUGAACCGUUUAGCUACAACAGAAUAGCCGUCGCGCUGGAUCGACGUGAGAAGAUUGCUUCUGCUAUUGGUUCCUGGUCCUUUUCCGCGCACGAUUUCACAGAUGACGAGCUUCUUCACGCAGCUCUACUAAUGCUACAACAUGCACUGGAAAUGCCGGAAUUGGAGAGGUGGCGGAUAUCGACAGAAUCUCUCACAGGUUUUUUGGUAGCCAGCCGCUCGGCGUACAAUGCCUUUGUUCCGUAUCACAAUUUCCGCCAUGUUAUUGAUGUCUUACAAGCUUGCUUUCACUUUCUCGUUCAGCUGGGUCGAUUACCAUCUUAUCCUCCCACGGCAAAUGAAACUCGAAAGGAACCUUCCCCAAUUGCCGCCUUGAUACGGCCUUUCGAUGCGCUGACUCUGUUGAUCACUGCUAUCGGACACGACGUAGGACAUCCAGGAGUCAACAAUGCGUUCCUGGUAACGUUGAAUGCUCCGCUGGCACAGCUUUACAACGAUCGAUCUGUCCUCGAGUCAUUUCAUUGCGCUGCGUAUUCGCAGAUUCUUCGACGUCAUUGGCCAGUGGUGUUUCAAAGUGUCGAAAUGCGGCAGUUGAUGAUUAGCUCCAUCCUGGCCACAGACAUGGGACUUCACUUUGAUUACAUGAAGAAGAUGGGAUGGAUGCAAGAGAAACUUCACGAAAAUGGCGGUACCGAUGGUUGGAAUGCGAGAUUACUAGAUGAACAACGUACACUUGCAUGCUCAUUGCUGAUCAAGUGUGCGGAUAUUAGCAAUGUGGCACGCAAGUAUGAUGUCGCAGCUCAGUGGACGAUGAUAUUAACAGACGAGUUCUCUCGACAAGCAACCAUGGAAAAGGAUCUGGGUAUCCCAUCUGCUUUAUUUGCCGCACCCGUCCGUGAAACCAUCGAGCUUGGAAAAUCGCAAAUUGGAUUCAUGAACAUGUUUGCAAUCCCCUUAUUUCAAGGAGUCACUGAUGUCAUGCCAGGAAUGGCAUUUUGUGUGGAAGAGUUGCAUUGCAAUCAAGAAGUGUGGUCCAAAAAGAUUGCAGAUGAGCAAGCAAGAUUACGAGCAGACAGUGGAGAUGCUCCAAUGAACGAUGGCAUGUUCUCCCCGCGUCACCUGAGCAUGGCAGCACCUUCUGAUACACAUCGUCAGAGGCAAAGUAGUGCUACACUAUUACCCUCCGAUGCGGAUUUCACAAGGGGUUUGUCCAGAAAUUUUACGCCAAGGCACGGAGCACUUUCCGAGUCGCCAGAGUCAGAGAUACCUCAUCAUCAGUCGGAUCCAGAUAUUACUCGGAGCGAUAGCCUUGGUGUAGAUACUGGCAUACAGGAUAGCACGUCUCAACCUUCUCAACUUCAGCUCAGCUUUGCCACUGCUAGUGCUCCUGGACUAUUGGACCAUCCCAGCCUAGAUGCGAAUGCACUGCCCAAUGGCCAUCAUGUUAACGGGCUGUCGGUGAUGCCCUCUUUAGUUACGGAUGCCGUUGUUGUCGAUCCACCUCUUCCUUGUCCUGAGAGGCGACAAGUAUCAGAGAAGCCGAGAUCACCCGAGAAGCAGGAGUCAUCUGAAAAGCAGCGGAGUAGUGAUGGUACGGAAGCAGGUAGUUCAGCUGCAGGCGAUUGGGCCAGUCAAGCCACGAGUGCUACAACAAGCAAGAUGCCUCUUUCACCUAGUACGCAAGGCACAAGCAUUACAAGUCAGGAAUCGGCUGAAAAGAAUACAUUGAGCCAGACACCCACGCAAAGUCCAUCGGGAUUCCGAGCAGGCGGUAGUUCCUCCGUCAGUAACGAAACGCAAACCACAGCAACCGAAGAAUCAAAAGGCGGAGCAAUGAUGGAAAAGGUCAAGAGUCUCCGAAAGAAGCCAAGCAGAUUCCGCAUGGAUAAACUCAUGAUCUGGCGACGCAGUAAAAGUGCUAGUCCACCGGUCCCGGAUAUCUCACGAACUCAUCGACGGACGGGCAGUAAUGAAGAAAGCGUCCCGAGAACAGCGCCGCCUGAGAUAUGA